CCAUCAAGACCCUUUACCUCAUUAGACACAUUACUAUUCAUAAGCCAUGGCUAUCUUUGGAAAGAAAAAGAAAGAGGAAGCUCCAGAAGAACAAGUGGACCCUUCAAAACUAGUCAAAGUUGAUAAACCAUUUGAAUCUCUUCCACCAUCAUCUCAAAUUCCAAAACAAAAUGAAUUAACAACCGAACAAGAGGAAAAAUAUAAUAAGGUUUUAAAACAUUUCCAAAAUCCUGAAUUAGAAGUAUUCACUACUGAAAAGAAUCCAAUUGAAAAACGUAAAUUAUCAAAUGUUGAAAAAGCAUGGUUAACAAAAGAAUGCUUCCUUAGAUAUUUGAGAGCUACUAAAUGGGUUACAGAGGAUGCUAUCAAAAGAAUCGAAGGUUCAAUUGCAUGGAGAAGAGAAUUUGGUAUAACUGGUGAAAAUGAUGAAGUUACUCCAGAUUUAGUAUCUGAAGAAAACGAAACUGGUAAAGAAGUGAUAUUAGGUUAUGAAAAUGAUGCUAGACCAAUAUUAUAUUUGAAACCUGGUAGACAAAAUACAAAGACUUCAUUUAGACAAGUUCAACAUUUGGUGUUUAUGUUGGAAAGAGUUAUCGAUUAUAUGCCAGCUGGUCAAGAUUCUUUAGCUUUAUUGAUUGAUUUCAAACAAUAUGAUGAUGUUCCAAAUGUUGGUGGUGGUAAAAUUCCUCCUGUUAAUACUGGUAGACAAGUUUUACAUAUUUUACAAACACAUUAUCCUGAAAGAUUAGGAAAAGCAUUACUAACAAACAUUCCAUGGUUAGGCUGGACUUUUCUAAAGAUUAUCCAUCCAUUUAUUGAUCCAUUAACCAGAGAGAAACUAGUGUUUGAUGAACCAUUCCCAAAUUAUGUUCCUGUGGAACAACUAGAUAAAUUAUAUGGAGGUUAUGUUGAUUUCAAAUAUGAUCAUUCUAAAUAUUGGGAUCCAAUGAAUAAAAUUGCAGAAGAUAAGAAAAAACAUUAUCAUGAUAGAUUUGAAAAAUUUGGUGGGAAAAUUGGAUUGAGUGAAUAUGAUUUAAGAGGUGAUCAUGAAGAUUUGGUAUAUCCUCCAAAGGAAUACUAUAAAGUGGACUCAAGAUUGAGUGUUGAAGCUUGAGAUAUCAUUCAUAAUAAUUAAUUAAUUGAUGUUAAGUUACAGUUACUUUUUUUAAUGGUUUUGCAAUAAAGUUUGAAAAUAACAAGUUAGUGAAGGGCAUGUCUAUAUAUACAACACAUUUUAUAACUCUUUGGAUACACUGCUUUCAUAAUAAUAUUCUAUGGUAAUG